AUGGAGGUUCUCAAUCAACGGGCUGCUCUCCUGUCCAACUAUGAGGUCCUCACUCUUCUGCGUGAACUAGAGAGCGACCAUCUAGCUCGCACGAAGACUGCGCUGAGAAUCAAGAAGGAGGAAGAGGCAGCCGGGAACCUCGCAACAAAGACUCAAGCCCCCGUGGAGGAGAUAUGUGAGAACCUGAGGACAAUCGAGGUGGAGGCUAUCCAGUAUCUUUCCGCGGACUACCAGCCCACCUCGUCCCAAACAGAUGCUGGCAUUGUUCAGUUGACACGAGCCCUUUCCACGUAUGAACUAACGAAAGCGGAGAAGCUGCAGAUCGUGAAUCUGGCACCGACGGAACCCGUAGAGCUCUAUGUGAUUGUGGAAGAGCUCGAAGACCGUUUUGAAGACAAGAUGGAAGAGAUGCUUGGCAAAGUUCGUUCUUCUCUUACCGAGCCAGCCGUCGCAGCGAUGAAUGACCACGCACACGGAGGUCCGCGCACCAAUGGUGACACUAUGCACCGUGCUGCAGACGCACAGGUCUAUGGGAAAGACGAUGGGACAUGGGACUACGACGAGAAUGAAAUGCUGUUCGAUGACACAGGCGAAGGCCACGGUGUAGAAGGAGACUUGGAUGUAGAAGAUGAUUAA